AUGAAUGCCCACGAACUCGUCCCUAAGGACGCCAUAUGUACUAAGAAAGGAGAAAUUCAAGAAGGAUCUGAAUGCGAAGAGGACAGUGCAUUAUACCACCACAAUUAUCGCAAGGAGCUGCUCGCACAAGCUGCAAAGGCAGUAGGCGCGACUUACGGUAACGUCCUUAGAAACUAUCCUUACGCACCUCUGACCCUGAAACACACAGAUUACCAGCCAUCAUGCGGAUCAGCACCUUUUGAUGUGACAGCUGUCCACGAAGAUCAACUGUCAUGGGGAAAAGAUAUCAAGUAUCGCCCAGUCGACCUACUUUCAUUUAACCCACCUCCUGCCGAGAACAUGUCGAAGAAGGCGAUCGGGAACCUGAAAUACGAUGGCAAGCUGCUACUAGACUUUCGCGGGCAACCUAUCAGAGAUUUUCCAAGCCUACCGCUGGUCAUCUCGAGCAUGGUUGAGGGAUGGCGAGCCGAAGCUUGGAUGCGAUCAGGUCAGAUGAGCGUGAUGGAUAUCGUCGCUCGGAUCCCGGUCAAAUGGACAACUGACCCUGCAGGGCAACAGACUCCAGAGCCCAUUUACAAUUCUGGGACUGUCCGAGAGCGUGCCAGAAGAUUUCGAAACGACGCUGGACUCAUUAGCUGGACGACUGGGGCCAAAGAUUCGAAGAUCGAGAAUUUCAUGGACGAACUUCGCUCGCCAGCAGAAAAAGCAAACAAUCAAACCAUAGGCCGCGACUUGACGGAUCUGGAGAAGGCAUCGAUGAGAUCGCUUAACAUUGGGACGCGGCCUGAGCGUGCACAAGUCCGUCAAGAUCCGGAAGCCAAACAGAAGUACCUAGAUAAGGUGCAGAAGAAAGCCGAUCUGACAUUCGACUUCGACUGUCGCGCAGAGCGCCCGGAGACACCCGAAGAUAUCCAAGAAGUCCAAAAUGCGCUCCAGCAGACCUACAGUGAUUUUGCGUUCUAUACCAACGUACCACUCGAGAUGCCAAAUACCCAAGCCACCUAUCUGGACCAGUGGAACUGUAUGCAAGUGCAACUCAAUAGGAUUUGGGCCAACGAUAGGACGAAGAAGACAGAGCCUCCGCAGCUCUUUGCACUGGGCAAGUGGACUGUGUCCUUCGAUAAUUGGGUGUCAGCUCCCCAGGCCUAUCUAACAUACGUGCGGAACUGA